GACGACUCGACUCCGGCGACUGCCGCCUCAGCCCCACUCAUCAUCAUUGGGCGAUAGCGCCCGCGUGUAGCGAUACCGCCAGCGUUCCUUAUCCAGACUCGCCGCCAGCGCAAGCAGACACCGAGGAGCGAGCCCGGCUGACCACGGCUACACCCCCGGCCCACUGUUAACGGCUAACGACUGACGCGUCGGCAUGUAAUGUUCUAUCAGGACGACAGACGAACGACGGUAUCACGGGAAGACCAAGCUCCACCGCCGCCGCUGCCGCCGCACCGCGCCUCCUCCCUCCGGCGUCCAGAUCCACCGCACAAGCCGGCGUCAGCAGACUGCAACAACAUUCAGUCGUCGCAGUAUGCGCCUCGGCACGACGCCUGCAGCAGCGACAGACAGCAGCAACAGCACCACACUUCCCACUCCCACCGGGUGUCGUGUAUGUGUACACACUUGAUCGAUAAAGCUCAAGCUCAAGCUGCACACAUGCAGUGAGCGGAGCGGAGCGUACAUAAGUGUGCGUGUUGUGUGCGUUGUCGCGCUCCUCCUCCUCCUCCAAGACAGCCGACACCGACGCAAUGUCUGCACCAGACCCCUCCAGCCUCCCGAUCCCCGGCACGCUCGUCCUCGUCGACAUCGACGGGCGCGCGUCGGGCGCGCACGCGGGCAAGACGAGCGACGUGAUCCUCCACCCUACGCCGUCGAGCGACGCCAACGACCCGCUUAAUUGGAGUACGGCGAGGAAGCAGGUCGCGUUUGGCAUGCUCAUGGUUUACUGCAUCACGGCCGGCUUUGCAGCCUGCUCAAUCUACUCGGUCCUCGUGCCGCUCUCGGACGCGACGGGUAUAGCUUUGGGCGACUUGAACGCCGGCACGGGAUACAUGUUCCUCCUCCUGGGCUGGGGCGGUAUCCUCACCCAGCCCUUCGCGCAAACUUUCGGCAAGCGCCCGACCUUCAUCAUCUCCCAGCUGGGCCACCUCGCCAUCAUCGUGUGGCAGGGCUACAUCAACGGCCCGGGCGACUGGUACGCCAACAAGAUUAUCCAGGGGUUCUUGACUAGCCCUAUUGAGAUGCUGGUGGAGAUUAGCAUCAGUGACUUGUUCUUCGCGCACGAGCGAGGCUUCUACAUGGGGCUGUACUCGAUGGCUUUGUUCGGCGGCAACUUCCUCGCGCCUGUAUGGGCUGGCUUCGUCAACGACGCGCUCGGAUACCGCUGGGUGUUCUGGAUCUCGGCGAUCCAGCUGGCGGCGGGUACACUCGUGCUGAUCCUGUUCAUGGAGGAGACAAACUAUAACCGCGGCACGACGGAGAUCUCCGAGAACCACGGCGACGCGGCGAGCACGAGCUCGAACAGCGAGGAGAAGAGCAGCGACAAGGACGCGCCGGCACUCACUACCACGCACGACGUGACGGCCUCCGAUGAGCGCCAGCUCACCGGCACGCCGUACGGCUUUGUCCGCCGCAUGGCCAUGUUCAACGACAGGUGGACGACCAUGAAGGUGUUCUACACGCAGAUGUACCGCCCCAUCCUGUUCCUGCGGUACCCGGUUGUGUUCUGGUCCGGGGUGCUCUACGGCUCCAGUCUGAUCUGGUACAACGUGCUCAACGCGACCGCGUCGCUCAUCUUCACCGACGUGUACCACUUCCGCGCGUCCAUGGUCGGCUUGACGUACCUCGGCCCGACGUUGGGCGCGGUCCUGGCAGCGGGGUACGCAGGCUACGCGGCGGACAAGUUCCUGCUCUGGGACGCGCGGCGCAAGCACGGCGUCCGCGAGCCAGAGGACAGGCUGUGGCUGCUCGGCCUCAACGCGCUCAUCCUCCCCGUUGGUCUGAUCCUGUGGGGCGUCGGCGCGGCCAAGCACAUCCACUGGUUCGGGCUCGUCGUCGGUGGCUGCCUCACGGCGUUCACGAGCGCGUCGGGCGGCGCGUUCGCCCUGAACUAUGUGCUUGACAGCUACAAGGACUUGGGCGGCGAGGUCGUGCUGAGCGUCAUCUUGGUCAGGAACACCAUGUCCUUUGCCGUCUCCUACGGCAUCACCCCCUGGGUCGUCAACAUGGGCUACCAGAACUCAUUCAUCGUCGCCGCGCUCGUCGGCAUGGUCGUCUACCUCUCCUUCCUGCCAGUCAUCAAGUGGGGCAAGGGGUGGCGCAAGGCCAGCAGGGCGAGCUACUGGGCGUACGUGAGAUCGAGCGUCAUGGGGCAUUAGCGGGGGGUGAGUCCCGGCCUGGGGGCGGGGUGGAGCGGGGCAUGGAUCGGGGCUUCCUCGAGCCCCCGCCCUCCCCGCCUCCGCCCCGCCCCGUGCGCAGCAGGUGGAGCUCGAUCUGGGCGCGUAGUUGGUUGUACCUUGGAUACAGGUCAGAUCUCGUUGGCCAGGCGGCGGAAGUUUGUAGAGGUUGAGUUGUAGAAACGAAUGCAGUGGUU